AUGGAUACACAGUGGAAGGUCGUCUACAACUACAUGAGAGAGAGGCGUUGCUCCAGCUCUACCCUCAGCUUCGGCGCAGGCUCAACACCACCUCACAACCGCCUGCAACAGUUCUACGCUAUGAAAGACGACCAAACCCCCGAGUCGGAGGACGGUGUGACUGUGAAGCAGCUCGAGAUCCAGACCGAGGACGACAUGUGGGAUUUCAUGAAUCUAGCCCAAGCUGACCGAGCACACAAAUUCCACGAGACAACUCACCUCAAGAUCGUUGUCAACUCGACAAACUUCGGCGAUUGGGAAGACGAUGUCUGGUGCAUGUUUCUAGCAAACUUUGAGGACUACUCCCACAAGGUCAACCACCUGAGUAUCCACAUCGAGGGACCCAAUGUCUUCACUCGCAACAAUUACGUCAAGCCUGAGAUCACUGUCCAGGAAGAAGUUCCUCCCGUCCGAGGCAAUGGCAGAGGUCUGGACCACGAGUUGGGCCUUCACUACCCAGCCCCUGUCCCUGACGACAAGGUUGAGGAACACCUCGCAAAGAAGCCCAAGUUCACUCGUUCAACCAUGAACUCAUCCGCCAACGCCGACUUCAUGCCCGCCUCUCUCAACACUCCUGCUGCCCCUCCCAAAGCCAGCUACUACGUAACCAAAAAACACCCUUCUCACCUCAUCGACCUUCACAUCUACGAAAAAGCCAUCAUCCCAGCCUUGAUCAACAUCUUCAAGAAUCGCACUCCCCCUCUGCCCUACAUCACCAUUCAAGGCCCCAUGGAACUCUCCCUGCGCCGCCACAUCAUCAGUUCCAUCAACCCUCGUUACCUCUCCAACGUCGUCCUCCGCGCCGAAUCCGGCAACUCACCCACCGACGCUGCGGCCGUUGCUGCAGUCCAAACUUGGGAAGCUAGUCAUCCUGAGAUGGUGCGUCUCAGACGUGGUGUCCAGGACCCCGAGGACUUUAGCCAGUGGGAGAGACAGAAGGCUGGUGAGGAUGCCCACAUGCAUAAUCUGGGCGAGUGGAUUGUACCUUCUGGAAAAGGCGCUAGAGGCGUUUGGGGUUGGAGAACUCAGGGCCCUGGGGUCAAGGUUUGGAGGGGUCCUAGUGAGGCUUGGGGCGGUAGAGAGGGCGUUUGA